GACGCCACACCGGAUGUACGUCUGCUUGCCUGCAGCAGCGCAGUCUUUACAACUAUUUCCCCCAACUUGAGUUCUAGCAGCUCGGGCAGUGGAGACGCCUGUCCGGAUGGGGGACAAACCGCUCACCUAAUCCGUGUCGCUCCUCUUGACACGACCCGCAGUCGGGCAUGUAGCUACGCGUAUUUCCUCUACGUCUGUGUUUUUCUGUUAAAAAAUGGGCUCCGGUGGAAGGGAGUGUAUUGGAAGGGAUCUAAUUGUGAGAGCGUUUCGCUGCAUGCGCAGUCAGCGUGAUUUGCUAUGGUGAUACUACAAGAAGCUAACCCCGAGCUAGCCCAGGGAUCGCUUUUGGGAGAUACCUUUUAUUGGACAAAGCUACAUGCUAACGUGUGAAUUAGACACUUCUUGUUAAUAUUCAUUAAAGUGGAAUAUCAAAAGGGAAUGUCGAACCAAGGAGUAAGGAGAAAUGGCCCAGUAAAGCUGCGGUUGACAGUCCUCUGUGCAAAAAACCUGGCAAAGAAAGACUUCUUUCGGUUGCCGGAUCCUUUUGCUAAAGUGGUAGUGGACGGUUCUGGACAAUGCCACUCAACAGAUACUGUGAGAAAUACUCUUGAUCCAAAGUGGAAUCAACAUUAUGAUCUCUACAUCGGAAAGUCGGACUCCAUUACUAUCAGUGUCUGGAACCACAAGAAGAUCCACAAAAAGCAGGGCGCGGGAUUCCUCGGCUGCGUCCGGCUCCUGUCCAAUGCCAUCAACAGACUCAAAGACACGGGCUAUCAGAGACUGGACCUGAAUAGGCUGGGCCCCAACGAUAACGACACCGUAAGAGGACAGAUAGUAGUGAGUCUUCAGUCCAGAGAUCGCAUCGGAUCCGGGGGACCAGUGGUAGACUGCAGCCGCCUGUUUGACAACGAUUUGCCCGACGGCUGGGAAGAGAGGAGGACAGCAUCGGGGAGGAUACAGUACCUGAACCACAUCACCCGCACCACGCAAUGGGAGAGACCCACCAGGCCGGCGUCGGAGUACUCCAGCCCAUCCGGACGUCCGCUGAGCUGCGUGGUAGACGAAAACACGCCGGUGAUGACUCCUGUUAACGGGGCCGUGGCCAGCGGACCUCCAGGCGAACAGCGUGUCCAGGAGCGACGGGUUCGAUCGCAGCGGCAUCGGAACUACAUGAGUCGAACACACCUGCAUACGCCGCCCGAUCUGCCUGAGGGCUACGAACAAAGAACCACCCAGCAGGGCCAGGUGUAUUUCCUCCACACACAGACCGGAGUCAGCACCUGGCACGACCCCCGAGUACCCAGGGACUUAAGCAAUGUGAACUGUGAGGAGCUGGGACCACUGCCUCCAGGCUGGGAGAUCAGGAACACCGCCACCGGCCGCGUCUACUUUGUUGACCACAACAAUCGAACAACACAGUUCACAGAUCCACGAUUGUCUGCCAACCUGCAUCUAGUGCUCAACAGCCCAAGUUCAAAUGGUUCCCGCGUGGCCCCGGACAGCCAAAACACUAACCUCAGUCAUCCACCACAGCUAAAGGACCAGGGUGGUCCCGGAGUCCCUCCGCAGGCUCUGUCUCCCGCUCAGCUGCCGGAAGAGGCGGAGUGUCUGACGGUGCCCAAGUACAAGAGAGACCUGGUGCAGAAGCUGAAGAUUCUCCGGCAGGAGCUCUCGCAGCAGCAGCCGCAAGCCGGCCACUGCCGCAUCGAGGUCAGCCGGGAGGAGAUCUUCGAGGAGUCGUAUCGACAAGUGAUGAAGAUGCGUCCGAAGGAUCUCUGGAAAAGACUGAUGAUAAAAUUCAGAGGAGAAGAGGGACUGGACUAUGGAGGAGUUGCUCGGGAAUGGUUGUACCUGCUGUCGCACGAGAUGUUGAACCCAUAUUACGGCUUGUUCCAGUACUCCAGAGACGACAUCUACACUCUACAGAUUAACCCAGACUCUGCUGUCAACCCAGAACACCUGUCAUACUUCCACUUUGUGGGCCGCAUCAUGGGCAUGGCGGUGUUUCACGGCCACUACAUCGACGGAGGCUUCACGUUGCCGUUUUACAAACAGCUGCUUGGGAAACCAAUCACGCUGGACGACAUGGAGUCUGUCGACCCCGACCUCCACAACAGCCUCGUUUGGAUCUUGGACAAUGACAUCACAGGGGUCCUGGACCACACUUUCUGCGUGGAGCACAACGCUUACGGAGAAAUCAUCCCACACGAGCUGAAGCCCAACGGGAAGAGCAUCCCGGUGACGGAGGACACCAAGAAGGAGUAUGUCAGGCUCUACGUGAACUGGCGUUUCCUCCAUGGCAUCGAGGCUCAGUUUCUGGCUCUCCAGAAAGGCUUCAACGAGGUCAUCCCGCAGCACCUGCUCAAGUCCUUCGACGAGAAGGAAUUAGAGCUGAUCGUGUGCGGCCUGGGGAAGAUCGACAUCGCCGACUGGAAGUCCAACACUCGGCUGAAGCACUGCACCCCAGACAGCAACAUUGUCAAGUGGUUCUGGAAAGCCGUGGAGUCGUUCGACGAGGAGAGGAGGGCCCGGCUGCUGCAGUUCGUUACUGGCUCGUCCAGAGUCCCGCUGCAGGGCUUCAAGGCUUUACAGGGUGCAGCAGGACCCAGACUCUUCACCAUUCAUCAGAUUGAUGCCAACGCCAAUAACCUGCCCAAAGCGCACACCUGCUUCAACCGGAUCGACAUUCCUCCCUACGAGAGCUACGACAAACUGUACGACAAGCUACUGACGGCGAUCGAGGAGACGUGCGGCUUCGCGGUGGAGUGAGCGCGCGCGUCGGUUCGCACCUACAGGACUCUGAUGAAACGUCAUCGGCGCUGCAACGUGCCGGCUGGGUCGCCCCUCUCUGAGGAUCCAGCCUACAGUCUUCCUCUUCUCUCUUCAAUCAUCAUCAUCAUCAUCUGUUCAGGCAGCACAGUCGUUGUUGUCGUGGUUGGACUUCUUGUUUUUGCAUUCAGACAAAAAAAAAA